AGGUGUGUUUCCGGAGCCGGAGGUCGACCCUGUGAUUCAGAUCGCCUCUAUGGUGCAGCGUCAGGGAGAGAAGGAACCGUUUAUUCGGACAGUCUUCACCUUGCAGAGCUGUGCCAGUAUAGUGGGCUCUCAGAUUCUCUGCUUCACCCAGGAGAAACUAAUGCUGCAGAGUUGGGCUGAGUUCAUGAGGACUGUGGACCCUGACAUCAUCACUGGCUACAAUAUCCAAAACUUUGACCUUCCAUAUCUCCUCAACAGAGCUGCAACCUUAAAGGUGAAUAUGUUCCCGUAUCUGGGCCGUGUGUGGGGCUGUAAAUCAGUUCUGAAGGACUCCAGCUUCCAGAGCAAGCAGAUGGGCCGCAGAGAGAACAAAACCAUCAAUAUGGAGGGACGUGUGCAGUUUGACCUGCUGCAGGUGCUGCUCAGGGAUUACAAACUGCGCUCUUACACACUAAACGCCGUCAGUUUCCAUUUUCUGCAGGAGCAGAAGGAGGAUGUGCAGCAUUCGAUCAUCACAGACCUACAGAAUGGGAAUGAGCAGACACGCAGGCGUUUGGCCGUAUACUGUCUGAAGGAUGCGUAUCUGCCCCUGCGUUUGCUGCAGAAGUUGAUGUGUGUCAUUAACUACAUGGAAAUGGCCAGAGUCACCGGAGUUCCCCUGACGUACCUGCUUUCUCGCGGACAGCAGAUUAAAGUGGUUUCACAGCUCCUCAGACAGGCUAUGAAGCAGGAUCUGGUGAUGCCGGUGGUGAAGACUGAGGGAGGGGAGGACUACACCGGAGCCACUGUCAUUGAACCAGAGAAAGGGUAUUACAGUGUUCCUAUAGCAACUCUGGAUUUCUCCUCUCUGUAUCCCUCCAUCAUGAUGGCUCAUAACUUAUGUUACACUACACUCCUGCAGAAGAGCCAGAUUGAAAAACUGGGUUUGGGUCCAGAUGAUUUUAUCAAGACCCCCACCGGUGAUUUGUUUGUAAAGAGCUCAGUGAGAAAAGGUCUUCUCCCUGAGAUCCUGGAAAACCUGCUGAGCGCCAGGAAAAGGGCAAAGGCAGAGCUGAAGAAAGAGACGGACCCCUUUAAAAAGCAGGUGCUGGACGGAAGGCAGUUGGCUUUGAAGAUCAGCGCAAACUCAGUGUACGGCUUCACCGGGGCUCAGGUCGGCAAACUGCCCUGUCUGGAGAUCUCACAGAGCGUCACAGGCUUUGGCCGGCAGAUGAUUGAACAGACCAAACAGCUCGUGGAAUCAAGAUACACACUAGAUAAUGGCUACCAGGCCGAUGCAAAGGUCAUCUAUGGAGACACAGACUCUGUGAUGGUGAAACUGGGUGUUGCAACUGUGCAGGAAGCAAUGAAUCAGGGAAAGGAGGCUGCUGAAUGGGUCUCCUCCCACUUCGUUCCACCAAUUAAAUUAGAAUUUGAGAAGGUGUAUUACCCGUAUCUGUUAAUUAAUAAAAAGCGGUACGCCGGGCUGUAUUUCUCCUCCAGUGCUGAACAUCAUGAUAAGAUGGACUGCAAAGGAAUAGAGACCGUGAGGCGAGACAACUGCCCUCUAGUGGCCAACCUCAUCAACACAUGCCUCCAAAACAUCCUCAUUGACAGAGACCCCGACGGAGCAGUAACUCAUGCUAAAGAGGUGAUCUCAGACCUUCUGUGCAACCGCAUUGACAUCAGUCAGCUGGUCAUUACUAAGGAGCUCACGCGCACAGCACAGGAGUAUGCAGGAAAACAGGCCCACGUCGAACUAGCUGAGAGGAUGCGUAAGCGGGAUGCCGGUAGUGCUCCAAAUCUCGGAGAUCGAGUGCCGUACGUCAUCAUCAAAGCAGCAAAGGGAGUUGCGGCGUAUAUGAAAUCAGAGGACCCCAUCUAUGUGCUGGAGAACAACAUCCCUAUAGACACGCAGUACUACCUGGAGCAGCAGCUCUCCAAACCAUUACUGCGCAUCUUCGAGCCCAUUCUGGGGGAGAGCAAAGCUGAGAGUGUGUUACUGAAGGGAGAUCACACCCGCUGUAAGACGGUCUUGACCUCCCGAGUCGGUGGUCUCAUGGCUUUCGCUCAGAAACGAAGCACUUGCAUCGGCUGCAGAGCUGUGCUGAAAACCGAUGUGGCUGUAUGCGACUUCUGCAAAAAGAGAGAAUCUGAGCUCUAUCAAAAGGAGAUUGCUCAUCUGUCGACACUAGAGGAGAAAUUCUCUCGCCUGUGGACUCAGUGUCAGCGCUGUCAGGGUUCACUUCAUGAAGACGUGCUUUGCACCAGUCGAGAUUGCCCCAUCUUCUACAUGAGGAAGAAGGUGCAGAAAGAUUUAGACGAUCAGGAGAAGCUCGUCUCCCGUUUCGGCUGGUGAUCAAUGACCAUUUUUUUCCUUCUCAACAUUCAUUUCUCGACGUCUUCUUACCUCAAAGAUGGAGUCUGUCAAACUCCAGAUUGUAAAGAAUCUUCAUUUUGUAGUGGCUGAAUAAAUAAGUGCAUUUUUGUAAA